AUGGCAUCAAAAGGUCCCCGGUCAAAGCUAGACCAUGAGACAAGAGCUAGGCGUCAAAAGGCUCUUGAAGCUCCAAGGGAGCCUCGACGGCCAAAAGUUCACUGGGACCAUGUCCUUGCUGAGAUGGUGUGGCUGGCAAAGGAGUUUGAUUCUGAGAGAAAAUGGAAGUUGUCCAUGGCCAAAAAGAUUGCUCAAAGAGCAAAUAAGAGCAUAGUUGACCAAGCAACAAAGGGCGAGAGAAAACAGAAGGAGGAAGAACAUAGAAUGCGAAAAGUUGCCCUUAAUAUUUCAAAGGAUGUGAAGAAGUUCUGGAUUAAAAUAGAAAAGCUGGUUGUUUAUAAGCAUCAACUGGAGGUUGAGGAGAGAAAGAAGAAGGCACUUGAUAAGCAACUUGAUUUCCUUUUAGGUCAGACUGAAAGGUAUUCGACAAUGUUGGCGGAAAACCUUGUGGACAUGCCCUAUUCCCAAAACCUAGAAAACGGGACUUCGCAGAUAAACCAACCAUCCCAUCAAGAAGAAGUAGCAGAAGAGAACAUAAAUGCAGCCAUUCCUGAUGAUCUUGAUAAUAUGGAAGUCGAUGAUGAUUAUGAGAGCUCCUUGGAUGAAGAGCCAGAAGAUGAUGAGCACACAAUCGAUGAGGAUGAAGCUCAGAUCACCGAAGCUGAGCGGAAUGAAGAACUAGCUGCUUUAGAGGCAGAAGCUGACCUACCACUGGAUGCUAUUCUCAAGAUGUAUACCAAAACCAAAGUUAGCAGGGAAAGCAGUCCAGACAGCAAUGACAUGUUAAGUAACUUAGGUUCGAAGAAUUUGAUUGUAGAUUCUUCGAACCAGGCUAAUGGCUGUGAUCAUGAACCUGCUCACUCUUCAAGUGAUGAUGGCAAUUCUUCUGAGGAAGUGGAUGAUGAUCAAUCUUAUGCUGAGUUUGUGAAGAAAAGUCAUGGUAAAAGUAACGGAAAUAUUUCUUCUAUCAAUGAUCAGGAGGACGAAGAUUACAUUGCUGCUGAAGAAGUAAAGGAUGACGAAGCAACUUUGUCUGAAGAGGAAGAAUUGGCAAAGAAAGAAGAUCCUGAUCAUCUGGAAGAGAUUAAGUUACUGCAGAAGGAGAGUGAGAUACCACUAGAAGAACUUCUCGCGAGGUACCGAAAGGAUGGCUGUGCAGAUCAUGAAACAGCGGAGUUGGAGAAUUCACCCCAUUUUGUUGAAGAGGUCAAUACUGACAUGUCUUUGGAUGAUCAAUCUGUGAACAUUUUGGAAGCGAAAAGUGAUAUAUUUGUGGAUCACCAAUCCAGGGAUGUGCUGGAAACUGAGCACAAGGCUCUACAAUCAGAAAUCGAUGUGGUGGAAACUGAGCAGGAGGCAUUACAAUCAGAAAUUGCAUCAGAGCCUUGUGCUCAACAAAAUUUUGUGGAAGAGAAUAAUCUCACUGAUGUUAAGGCAGUCCAUGGAGAUAAGAGUGAUGAUGUAAUUGCUGAUGCUGCAGCUGCUGCAAGAUUAGCACAACCAACUGGCAACACCUUCUUGACUACAAAAGUGCGCACGAAAUUCCCAUUCCUUCUUAAGCAUUCUCUUCGUGAAUACCAGCAUAUAGGGCUGGAUUGGUUGGUUGCUAUGUAUGAGAAGAGGCUUAAUGGAAUUCUAGCAGACGAAAUGGGUUUAGGCAAGACAAUCAUGACUAUCUCCUUGCUUGCACACCUUGCGUGUGAGAAGGGGAUAUGGGGUCCUCAUCUUAUUGUCGUGCCGACUAGUGUUAUGCUAAAUUGGGAGACUGAAUUUCUUAAGUGGUGUCCUGCUUUUAAAAUACUGACUUAUUUCGGAAGUGCAAAGGAGAGAAAGCAGAAACGUCAGGGCUGGAUGAAACCAAAUUACUUCCAUGUUUGCAUCACAACAUAUAGGCUUGUCAUUCAGGACUCUAAAGUGUUUAAGCGAAGUGGAAGUGGAAGUAUCUUAUUCUUGAUGAGGCUCAUCUGA